CAGUUUCUGUAUUGAUCAACAUGGCGUUUUCUUUGGUCACCACCGUAAUCUUAUCUCAGCUGAUUCUGUUCUUAAUUGCAAUCGGGUAGAGCAUGAGUGCUGGCAAUCCAAAGGGGGAAAACUCAACAGAGAUGAGAUGUAGCUUUCAAAAAUUCAGCAAAAUUUUGAUUCGUUCAGUUCUGCUGAUUUGUAUGCAAGGAAUUCUGGAUGUGUCUUGUACCACGGGAAAGAUGUACAUCUUCGCACUUCCUCGUAUGAUUCACUUUGAGCCAAAGAUAAUCAGUUUCUUGUACGCUCUAAAGAACAGAAAAGUGGAGGUGUACUACAGCUACAAUGGCUCUGCUUCUCGUGCUCUGAUGAUACCAGCGCGUGACGUUCUCAAGUUUGAGUUUCCUAUCAACGACAUCUCGUUUCAGGAUCAGGGUCCGUGCGGUGUUUACAAGCUCCACAGCAACACUGAGUUCAUCGUGACCUUGCUGCUCUUGGACAGCGAGAUCUCUCUGGACGUCAUUCAGGUCAUACCGGUUGAAGCUUGGGUCAAGGUCUACUAUGCUGCUACGUUGACGAGGACGCCAUCUGUUCAGAUCUUUACAAACGAGGGAGUUAACUUGAUCCAGGUUUGUUUCAUGAGUUCUUUCCCUUACACUUUUCAAAUUACCUACGACUCGGUCAAGUACAUGAAGGACUCGACACUGGAGCUCCAGCUUAACGCCGAUGGAGGUUUUUCAAUCUCGGAUUGUCAUAACAAAACAGACCCAGUAGGCUCGCUUACAGGCACACGUAUUACUGGGUCAAUGCCACUCGGUGUUAUUAGCGGAAGCUGCUACGGGGCUACGAGCUCAGUCGUUUGCGACACCUUUCAGAAAAACAUUCUGGACUCUUCUCGAGACAUCGCAGCCGAUAUGCUUUUGCCCACCUCUGGUACGAAUAUCAUCACCCCACACAUCGAAGGGCGUUACAGCGGAAGUGACGUGCUCUUGGUCGCCACAGCCGAUAACACGACGGUCAACUAUACUGAUGACCCUGGACAAAAGCAGAUCAUCCUUAAGACGGACCGGUCAUCCAAGUUUGUUUCUCAGAAGUUUGGCCCGAUGAGGCUGGAAAGUGACAAGCCCAUCUACGUCUUCUUCGUGCUCGUGUCCUCUUGUUACAACACCUCUGACAAAUACGAGUGGGGUGACCCCGCCUUAACAGUGGUUUCUCCUGUUCUACACUACUAUGACUCCUAUGCUUUUAGUGUGUUUGACUGGAAUCAGUAUGAGACAAUGCACUAUAUCUCCAUCGUGAUUCAAACGCGAGCAAGAUACAGCCUCAUGAUAAACUACACGCCUCUACAAGCAAGGUACACUGGCCGUAGCGUGUUCGGGACAGUCGAUUGGUACACGCUGACCUUCCAGACCAAGCCUGGUGUCUACUACGUUCACACCGCCAACAGCGCCCCAUUCGCCGUCUUCGUGUACGGAUUCGGCCCUCAGUACGGUUACAUGUACUCGGCCAGACAGCUCUUCGCCGACCCCCCUCCGCCGACCACAGCGAGGACCACUGGUGGGGUGUCUACCCGGCCGUAUCAAACCACGACAAAUUCAAAAGUAACUGCUCCUCCUUGUGAGAAAACGGAAAUGCAUGUUAAUGAUGGGAUUGACAACGACUGUGAUGGUGUUGUGGACGAAGAGACGGCCCCUGACGAAAAAGACAACGAUAAUGAUGGAUUGGUGGAUGAAGACAUUGGGCAUUACCCUCUCAAAAGCAGAAAUGGGAGCUGGGGCGAAUGGUCUAGCUGGAUGUGUCCGUCAGAUUGUUAUUCUACACAUUACUACAGAAUAAGACUAUGUGACAAUCCACAACCGACAACGAAUGGUAAAUUUUGUGAGGGUGAAGGUAAAGAAACCCAGAAUAAGCAAUGUUUCUCUGCGCAGUCUUGUCCUUAUGACUGCCCUGACUAUACGUAUGGCUUAAACUGUGACAGCAAGUGCCCUAACUGUGAGUCACCGUGCGACAAGAAGAAUGGCUCCUGCGUACACUGUCUCCCCGGAUGGACCAACCCAAGGAUGGGGUGCAAAGACGCAUGUCCAGCGUUUACCUUUGGUGAGGGCUGCAAGGGGGAUUGUGGGAAAAAAUGUAAAAAAGAUUGCCUCCACAAGCAUAACGGACAGUGUAACGAGUGUUCUUCUAAGAGGUGGGGGAUAGAUUGCAAAGAUUCGUGCGUCAACUGUGUCACUGACUGCUCCAAGACGAACGGUGUGUGUUUCAACUGUAAACCGGGAUUCAAGAAUGGCAAUCACUCUUGCAACAUACCUUGUGAGGCGGGGGAGUUCGGCGCCGACUGCAGCCAGUCCUGUUUUGAAAAGUGUGGGGCGGACUGUGUGGAGAGAGUGGAAGGAAUAUGUCCAGAAUCAGAUACACUGCUCUACGUAUUGGUUUUGGUCAUGGCAAUAGCCCCCGUGUUUGUGGCUCUACUGUACAGAUCGUUUGGGGGCAAGAUGUCUUUAGUAGAGACCAAACCAGUGCUCAUUGUGGAGGAGAUAGAAGAGAAUUCCGUGAAUGAGAUUCACCCCGAGGAGAAAGGGGUCGUAGAGGAAGCAGAGGUCAAGUCCGCAAGUGAAACUGUGCAACCCCAGUCACAUUCAGGCACGACAAUAUAUUAAAGCGAUGCCGAUUCCUGUUGAAAAGGAGGAGCAGGAAGUGACGCCAUUAGUAGUUGCCACUUGACUCAGACAUUCCCAAAGUAAAACUCGUAUAGACGAUGUUACUGGAGCUUUUUUUUUACAUAAAAUAUGUGUUUAAAUAAGUGACACAUUUUCACUGUGAUUGUACCAUAAAGGCGUCCUGACAGAUAUAGGCUUACAAGAUGACUUGCAUCAAGGUGUGAGCGUCAAUAACAUUUUCUCUCCCCCCUCCCCCCCUUUUUUUUGUUUCACCUUGGUAUUUAUAUCCUAUAGACAACACCAGGCACUGGAGCUGUUGUCAUAACUAGUAUAGUUGACAACCUUUUAACAAAUUUUUUUUUUUGCGUCAUGGUUGACGCUUAACUCUUUCUCUCCUAACUGACGAUACCAGCGUUGAUUCCACCAGAAUGUGGUAAAUUAAAAACGGAGAGAAAGAGUUAAAGCUUUAGCACCGCGAGUGCUUAGGGACUCGAACCUCAGUGCCCCUGUUAUUAAGGACGGUUCGCACCGCACUUAAAUGUCCCCUCUUUCAAUAAUUUGUAGAUUAGAAGCGCCGUCUAUACAUUUUCAUCUCUGAUCUUAUCUUAUCUAUUACAGACGUUAUUCCAAAAAGAAGAUAAUUAAAUACUUUGCAUUUCAUGUACCGGUCUAGUCAUGCGUGUCCUCUUCUACAGACGGAGAAGUUCACCUUGGCUUAGAAUCCAAGCAGCUCAAUGAGCCCAAGUGUUGUCACCUGCUAAUUAGGAGCGGUAUAUUUACAUUGACAGUUUAUCUGUAUUUGCCACCUAUAAAAAUAGCAUAAUGGAAUAUAAAGACUAUAUUUUUUCUUUAAAGGUUGAAAUAUACAAAUUUGGUUAAGAAAUACGAUUCUCUGACAAGUGUUCUCUAUUUACGAAAUGGUGCCUAAGUAAAUAGACAAACACCCAAAAAAUAACAAUUUUGUUUCUUUUAUAGGCCAGCUCAUUUUAUAUCUUUUGACAGUACAAUAAGCAAAGAACAUAUUACACCUAUGAAUUUGUAACCUUGGGAGUGUCGAAAUGAAUAUGUCCUUUUUUGCAAGCUUAAAAAUAGAUCAUUAUUGUAUAUUUAACAUGCACCUUUAAGUGGUGAUAUUAUAUUGCCUUUGCAUAUAAAAAAAAUGUAAUGCAUUUAAUUAAUCAAAGUGAAAUCCAACUCUGAGGCUGUGAGACUGUUCUGUUUGUUAUCAUGCGGCGUGAAUAUUUCGCCAGUGUAAAAGACUGAAGUAAUAAAAUAUAUUUUUUAAAAGACAA